GCGCCCUGCCCAGCCUUCUCCUUCGCAUGGCCACUUGGCAACACUGCAUAAUCCUGCACAAACAGCCUGGACCCCCACUGACACAGCCAGCCGGAAUCAAGGGCAGGGCGCUCCUUUCCCCCCUGAGUCCGCCGUGCUGCCUGGAGCCGGAGGCACGCUGCUGCGGGAGUCAACUUUGCCCCCCUCCCCGCCCGGCUACCGCCGGCUGGGUCCCUGCCCUGGUUAUUCCUUCCCUCGCCCCCCCUGUGUCUGAGCCGUGUUGUUGCUGUCUGCACAGGGCGGCAGUGAGCCUGCGCGCACGGGCUGCCUUCGCCUGGCAGCGCCGCAGCAGGGCAAGCGGCAGGCAGCGCUGUGCGGGCUGCUUCGGGGCUGCAGCGGGACCAGGUGCUGGCGGGGGGCGGCGGCGAGCCCGCAGCGACCCCAGAGCGCGGGGCAGCGCCGCGAUGCGCCUUCCCUUUGGGAAGGCUCCCCACCCUCCGGCGUAGCAGCGGCUGGACCCGACGCGGCUUCUCCUCCGUGAUGUCCCCCAGGCAGCCGGGAAAGGCGACUCACUCGAGUGCUGGGGUGAAGGCCUAGUGUCUCCAGCGCCGCUCGCGCCCGCUCCCUCUCCCGCACCCCUCCGCCGGCGAUGAUGGCAGAAGAGCAGCAACCUGAUCCCCAGCAGCAGCCGCCGCCGCCGCAGCAGCUCCCCGGCACCCCCGCGCCAGAGGGGGCUCUGCCAGCCCUGGUGCCCGGGCUGCAAGGGACGGAAGCCAACGCGCUGCAACACAAAAUCAAGAACUCCAUCUGCAAAACUGUACAAUCUAAGGUGGACUGCAUUUUGCAAGAAGUUGAGAAGUUUACAGACCUAGAGAAACUCUACCUCUACCUUCAACUGCCUUCGGGUCCCAGCAAUGGAGAGAAAAGCGAUCAGAUCUCGAUGUCAUCAAGCCGUGCGCAGCAAAUGCAUGCAUUUUCUUGGAUUCGGAAUACCUUGGAGGAGCACCCAGAAACAUCCCUUCCCAAACAGGAAGUUUAUGAUGAGUACAAGAGCUAUUGUGACAAUCUUGGCUACCAUCCUUUAAGUGCUGCUGACUUUGGAAAGAUCAUGAAAAAUGUCUUUCCAAAUAUGAAGGCCCGCCGUCUGGGCACAAGAGGCAAAUCAAAAUAUUGCUACAGUGGACUGAGGAAGAAAGCUUUUGUGCAUAUGCCAACACUGCCCAACCUUGGCUUCCAUAAAACUGGAGAUGGGUUGGAAGGGUCAGAUCCAUCAGGGCAACUACAAAGUGCUGAUGAGGAAGUUGUGUCAGCCGCCUGUCGACUUGUGUGCGAAUGGGCCCAGAAAGUCCUAAGCCAGCCAUUUGAUUCAGUCUUGGAUUUAGCUCGUUUCCUUGUCAAAAGUCACUACAUCGGCACCAAAUCAAUGGCAGCUUUAACUGUAAUGGCAGGAGCGCCAGCAGGAAUAAAAGGGAUCCCUCAACCCUCUGCUUUUAUACCCACGGCUGAAAGUAAUUCUUUUCAGCCUCAAGUGACAACUCUCCCAUCACCAGUUGAUGCCAAGCAGCAGCUACAGCGUAAGAUCCAGAAGAAGCAACAGGAACAGAAACUGCAGUCUCCUUUGCCAGGAGAGUCUCCAGCAAAGAAAACAGAAGGAGCUACAGCCAAUGGAGUAACAAGUAUUUCUAAUGGAAGUCCUGCAAUCUUGUCUCCUCAGCCUAUUGGUAUCGUAGUGGCAGCUGUACCCAGCCCCAUACCGGUACCGAGGACCAGACAGCUGGUGACAUCUCCAAGUCCCAUGGGCUCCUCUGAUGGCAAGGUUCUUCCGCUCAAUGUUCAGGUGGUCACUCAGCACAUGCAGUCAGUCAAGCAGUCACCAAAGACUCCUCAGAAUGUUCCAGCCAGUCCAGUUGGUGACCGUUCCGCCCGGCAUCGUUACCCACAGAUCUUACCUAAGCCAGCAAACACCAGUGCUCUCACCAUCCGCUCGCCUACUACGGUGCUUUUCACCAGUAGCCCAAUCAAGACAGUUGUGCCAGCUCCCCAUGUAAAUUCCUUAAACGUGGUAAAGAUGACAGCAAUAUCUCUUGCCCCUAGCAGCAGUAGUGUACCCGUCAAACACACUACUUCAUUGAACAGCAGUACAGGAGCAAUGGAAGAAUCGAGGACUGUUCCGCAGAUUAAAAAUGGGUCUGUUGUUUCACUUCAGUCUCCAGGAUCCAAGACAAGCAGUGUUGUAGCUACACCUGCAGUUGAGAUCAAAAUGGAACCAGAAGCAUUGCUGGAUGAGAACCCAAUACAGUGCCAAGAGAAUUCUGAUGUGUCUAAAGCUAUAAAAGGAGCACCAGGCCAGCCUACUGCUCAAAGGAAUCAUUUUGAGGGAACAACCUUGAAAGGUUCAACUGAGAGCAUCAGUGAAGUGAAAACAGUUAAGGGCUGUGAUCAGAGACCUGAAGGAGCAAGGACCAAAUAUAAAGCUCGACCUAAAGAAAUCAUACAAGUUUCUUCAGCAGGCAAUAAUCAAAGCACUCUUACUCUCUCAGUUGCCACUCAAAACUUCUCCAACACCAGCAUCAGUUCACCUCCUAGUGGUGAUUCUACUAUUAAAGAUAAAACAUGCACUAAAAGUCCAAGAAAGCGACUACCUUCUACGCUUCAGGAGUCCCAGGUACCACCUGUAAAGAAACCACUAGUGGGGCAGCUUUCAGCAGGUAGCAUGGAAGGUCAAAAAGGAAGCAGUGUUAAGAAGGUUCAGAAGGUUGUAUCAUUAGCUAGAAAUGACAGUGCUAGAGCACUUGCUCAAGUUCCUAGCAAGGUCACUAUAAAAGUAAAUUCUACAGCUUCAACACACUUAGUGACAAACUGUCCAUUGAAUUCCAAUGUUAUAAAUACCAGUGAUUCCACUUUGGGACAGCAGCUCACAGCCUCAUCUCCAGAUAUAAAAGUAAAAUUGGAAGGAAAUUUGUUUAUCUUAGAAAAUGAUUCAAAAUCUGAUGGCAGCUUUAAUCCAAAUGCAUGGCAGCAUAUCACUAAAACUUCUGACUUUACAUCUGUGAACGCUGAACAGCAGCAAGAUAUCAGUGUUAUGACUAUUGCAGGACAGUCUGGCUCUAAUGAUUUACAGGAAUCUGUAUGGGAGCCAGUGCACUGUGAAGGAAUACAACAGGAUACAUACAGCCAGCAGUUACAGAGCCAGAUCCAAGAAUCAGCUUUGGGUCAAAUACAAGCACAGUCCUCAAAUCAGUUACCGUUACCUCUGCAGUCUGAGUUAAAAGAAUUCGAACAUACAGUCCCUCAAUCAAAUGAAAACUUCUUUUCAUUUGAUGAUGACCUUACACAGGACAGCAUUGUGGAGGAACUGGUGCUCAUGGAGGAGCAAAUGUCAAUGAACAGUUCUCAUCCUUAUGGUAGUUGUCUGGGAAUGGCACUGCAGAAUCAGACAGCAGCUCAAGGAGCUCCAAUGUCAUCUCAUCCAAGCAAUACGCACUUCUACCAUUCAAUCCACAACAAUGGCACUCCAAUUCACACUCCCACACCUACCCCAACUCCCACACCUACCCCGACUCCAACCCCAACACCCACGUCAGAAAUGAUUGCUGGAUCUCAGAGUGUGUCACGAGAGAGCCCAUGCUCACGACUGGCUCAGACUACUCCUGUAGACAGUGCUCUGGGAAGUAGCCGGCAUACACCCAUUGGCACACCACAUUCAAACUGCAGCAGCAGUGUCCCUCCUAGUCCUGUGGAAUGCAGAAAUCCUUUUGCAUUUACUCCAAUAAGCUCCAGUAUGGCAUACCAUGAUGCCAGCAUUGUCUCGAGUAGCCCUGUGAAACCAAUGCAGCGACCUAUGGCUACUCACCCUGAUAAAACCAAACUUGAGUGGAUGAAUAACGGGUACAGUGGAGUCACUAAUUCAUCAGUUUCAAAUCAUGGCAUUCUUCCAAGCUAUCAGGAGCUAGUGGAAGACCGUUUCAGGAAACCUCAUGCUUUUGCAGUUCCUGGCCAGUCAUAUCAGUCUCAGUCCCGGCACCAUGAUACUCACUUUGGUCAUGUGACUCCUGUGUCACCUGUAUCACAUCAGGGAGCCUCUGUAAAUAGCACCAACAAGCAGGAAGGCUUUGCUGUUCCUGCCCCUCUUGACAACAAAGGAACAAGUUCUUCUCUCAAUAACAGUUUCAGAUGCCGGAGUGUAAGCCCUGCUGUCCAUCGCCAACGUAAUCUUAGUGGAAGCACUGUCUAUCCAGUUUCUAAUAUACCACGCUCUAACUUGACCCCUUUCGGAAGUCCAGUGACACCUGAAGUUCACAAUGUGUUCACAAAUAUUCAUGCAGACACUAGUGCCAAUAAUAUAGCUCAAAGGAGUCAGUCAGUCCCUUUGACUGUUAUGAUGCAGACAGCCUUCCCGUCUCUUCAGAAACAAACAAACACUAAAAAAAUAACAAAUGUGUUGUUAAGCAAACUUGAUUCUGAUAGCGAUGAUGCAGUAAGAGGUUUGGGAAUGAACAACAUGCCUUCAAAUUACACAGCGAGGAUGAAUCUCACUCAGAUUUUAGAAACAUCCACCACUUUUCCUAGUGCCAACCCACAAAAUAUGAUCAAUUCCAGCACUUCAGUUUAUGAAUUCCAAACACCAAGUUACCUCACAAAAAACAGCAGCACCGAUCAGAUCAGUUUUUCUUCUGGAGAUAACCAAGCACAAUCAGAAAUUGGAGAACAGCAAUUAGAUUUCAGCAGCACUGUAAAAGACUUUUUAGGGGAGGACAAUCUGCAAACCAACCAGCAGCUGGUGAAUCAGGUGGUGUCAGAUCUCAAUAACGGUGCAUCUGUCUUUUCCAGCGACAUCAGGUUGUCUUCCGACCUCUCAGGCAGCAUUAAUGAUCUGAAUACUUUAGAUACAAAUCUACUGUUUGAUCCAGGUCGUCAGCAGGGACAAGACGACGAUGCUACACUGGAGGAGUUAAAGAACGACCCCUUGUUUCAACAAAUCUGCAAUGAAUCCAUAAACUCAAUGACUACAUCAGGUUUUGAGUGGAUGGAGAGUAAGGACCAUCCUGCUGUUGAAAUGUUGGGUUAAAUUUGUUUAAUAAUAUGUAUGUAGCACACUGUAUCUGAAAGACAGACGUAUUGUAUUUGUCUUAAUGGAAGUGCCUCCUGCAGCAGAAACACUUGCUAAGAAUUGUGGCAUUUUUAAAAAAGAGUUUGCUGUACAAGUCACUUAUUCUUUAGCUUGGAAUAGGCAGUCUUUUCAAUUUUAAAUAAAUUUCUGAAGGCUAUUGAAGAGCCAGUAUUAGAAUUUAAAUUUUAUAGGGUUCCCACUUAAUAGCAUUUCUUAUUGUAGCAAAAAUAUAUAUACAUAGUGAUUGAAAACCAGCAUUCACAACUUCAGGAGAGGUGUUGGGAGGGUUUUAAAUCCAACUUACUUGUUACUAGAGAUUCAGUACUUAGUAUUGCCUGCUACUUCUGAGGAGAUGUUUGAUAUUGGCCUGUGUUAUUCAAGUCAGAAAUGUGUGGGACCUGUAGACAAGUAGGUGGUUGAUGAGAGAGAGGGGUUACAGCUUGAUGAAGGGCAUACAAGUGGUGGUGUCUCAUUGAGCAUUACCCAGAGCUGCAGUACUAUGGUGAAUCGUGAGGAAUGUGUGUGACACCAUUUACAUCUAUGAUGAAGGGCCAAGAUAGGAGAAAAUAAUGGGAACGAUCAAGGAAAGAGAAAAAUGCACUAAAAUUUUAUUUUAAAUAUAUAUAUUUAGUGUUUUUAUCCAUAGAUAUCCAUGACCUCACCUUAAUGUUAUUUUAGUUUUCACUUUAAAUGUUGGAUUUUAAUAUGAGUUUAAAAUGCAUGACAAAAGAUUCUGAGCACUGAGGCUUAAUAAAAGUAGACAUAUGUAUAUUAGAAAAUGAUAGUUACUGUUUUAUUAUUUAUCAGAAUUAGCGAAGGUGACAUGACAUUUGUUUUCUUUUUUCAGUAGAAUGGCUGCAUGAGCUUAUUAAAAUAUUACUAUGUUUAAGAUUUGUUAUUAAACCCAUCUGUUCUAACCUAAUGGGGAGUAGAGGAAGGUGUUUUUCCUCUGUAUUUUUCAGUAGGCUGCCCCUUUCUGUGCCUCCUGAAAAUAAAGAAGAUGAUAAAAAUGUUCUGAUAUUGGCUGACAACUAUUAAAAAUAACUUCUAUAGAGCCAUAAUGUUACCAGGCACUUUACAAAUAUGCAGCAAGACACAUGAAGUCCUUGGGUAAAAUUUUCAAAAGUGCUUAUGUCCCAUUGUCAAAACUGUCUUAGGUACUAAGGAUCCUAAAUCUCAUUGACAGUCAAUGAGAUUUAGGCUCCUAAGUCAUUUAGGUGCUUUAGAAAACUUUAACCCUUGUCAUUAAAAGUAAAAGAAGAAUUUGAGUAUUGUAAAAAUCUCUAAUGAUGAAUAGAGAAAAGGAACUUAACCAGCCGAGGCCCUAAUGCUACAAAGGGGAUCUGCACAGGCAAACUCUGACUCCCAUGUGGAGUGUCACAGAUGCCAGGCAGGCAAAUCACUUUGUAGUAUUGUUCCUGGAGCUUUGUAAGGGGUUUGUUGUUUCUCCCAUGGACUGAUGACAUCAGUAGAACUUAAAGCAGGGUGUCACAUUAGAGGGUUGUUAGGUCAUCAGCUCAUGUAGGAGAGAGGCAGAAUGCCGCCAUCUAGAUUGGGCAAAUGAGGAAGAGAGGACCAGAUUUUCAGCUCUUGAAAUGUAUUUUUUCAAUUUCUUGGUUCUUGAAAUGUAUUUUGGUAAUUUCUUGCAUUUCUGCUAAUGAUCUGAAAUCUUCAGUAUUUGGUUUUGACAGCAUUCAUUGCCAUGGUGCUGCUGCACUAGCACUCCAGAUGCUAGCACAUCAUUGCUUCUCCUGGUCCCUGGGCUCAAAGCACUGAAGUAAGGCAGCCCCCAGCACGUGAGCUCGUCUGAUGAAGGACAAACAGUUGUGCCAUACUGCAGCACCUGAUCCCACGGGCAGCAGACCACAGAGAGAGUUCAUGCCCCUCCUCAGGCAGACUCCUUUUGUUUUCUUAAGAGAGGCUUGCAAAUUUUUUCAAGUUUGUGGGGGAGGUAUUAUUAUAUGGUAAGCUUUGGGUUGAUUAUUUCCAUGUUCUGUUGAUUUCUACCAAUAAGUACACAGUAGAGCCAUUUCCCUUUUUGAAAGAAGUUGCCCAAGGUGGCUCUUGAACUGAUGUCUUUUGAGAUGCUCAGUGCAUCGCAAAUCUGAUCCUGUAUCAAGUGCCAGCACCACUGUGCAUAUGGUAACCCUGCACUUCCAGCAGGCCUGACAUGGGGGGAUGACAAGGGAAGGCACAUACAUGAGGGAGCAUCUGCACUGGUAUUAUGGUGUUCUAUGUAUGUGCAUGGCGUUCUUCCCUUGCCUUUGUGCUGCUAGUACUGCACAAUAGCUCAGUAUAACUAGUCCCCUCCAAAUUCUUGUGUUUUAAGAACAUUUCUCAGCAAAGUUAAAGUAAAUUUAAAAACUGGCUUUUUCUAAAUUAUGCAGCCAUCACCGAAGGUUUUUAAAUGCAAACGCUAUAUGGGGGCCUAGCAGAAAAUUUUCCUUUAACUUAAUUAGCAGGCAAAUAGGAAUACUAUUUAAUCAGUGGAUUUAAGGCAAAUGUGUGUUUAAUUCAAUAAGGAUUCAUUAAAUUACCAGACUUAGGGGUAAAACAUUUUCACUUCAAUAAAUGGUGCUAGGCUAGCUCACAGCUUUGUAUAUUGGUAUGUAUUAGUUUAUUGGAGUUCAUGUGUUUGCUGUUAUAAUUAAUAAUCUGUUAGAUCCCUGUUCUUAGUGCUAGUUACUUCUUUACUGUACAUUGAGACAGAGCACUACUGCACACCAAAGUAUGCAAUACCCAAAGGAAAACUCUGUGAUUCUAACUAAUGGAAGCCUGUCUGUGUCAGAUACUCCAAAAAUAAUAAUUUGAGACAGUUCUGACCCCUUGUUUACAUUACUGGCUUCCUACUAGGAGAAAAUAAUGAAAUUAUUUUGAUAGCAUAUUUUGCUAAAGUAUAAAGACUAGUGAAUUUGUACCCCAUGUACAGUAUUGCAGCAAACACUUUAAAUUUGGUUGGUUAGUCCAGCAAACUUUCUGGGGUUCAUAUAUUGCACUAAAUUUCUGUUGAACCUGUGGCAGGCACGUUCCUUAGGAUAAAUGCAACCAAUACGGCCCACAGAUAAAAACUUUUUAAUGUGUUUCAUUAUUAAAAGGCAAAAUGUCAUAAAAAUGACAGAUGAAGUUGUCUUAUGUAGCAAUGUGCAUUGAUCUCAAUGAGAUAUUUCUAUUUCUUAUUCUCUUACGUGAGAAUAUUACAGCAGGAAGAAAUUAAGUUUAGUUUGCUUCACCAUGUUAAUACAUGAUCACAAGACGUGCAUGAGUGUUAUUGACUUAUCUUGUACAGUACUAGGUAUAUUCCUGUAACCACUUUAUUUUUUUUAUUCUUUUGCUGUAUUGAAACUGGUUCCGUGUUAACCAGGCAAGCAUAGUUAUUCACAAGUAAUUUACUUUUUUAUGUUUACUAAAUUAGCUUAGUUAUUGUUGAAUAUGUUCCUUUCUUGGAUUAUUUUUUAUUGUUCUGGUGUUGAAAAACAUUUUUGUACCAUUUUAUCAUGAUAAGAAUUCAUGAAGUAAAGAAUUUGCAAAUAAUUGCGAUAAGCACUGACUUCUGAACUGAAAAGAAGGAAAGCAUUUCUUGUGCAGUGCAUCUGAGGUUCAUAUAAUAGUCUUGUACUAUACCGUGCUUUCUUUACUGCACCAUAAGGAAAGAAAUAUCCCUGUUCUACAUUUUCAUUUAGUGCAGGAAAUCCGAUUCCCCGCCCCCAGUGUUUUGUUGUCUGUUGUACUGCUGAAACUACAGUAGUUGAAUAUUGCAGUAGCAUUUCAGUUAUUUUUUUUAUUGAAAGUGCUCAAAAAUUGUUUUUUAAAUGUUUUCAAAAACAAUAAAAACAUUUUAUAUUAAA